UCGCUGAAAAUGUAACCAAGCUAAGGAAAAUAUAUCACGUAAUUCGCCACUUUACGUUCUCAAUAAAUUUUUACAUCGUCAGUUGAGUUUUUAAUUCAUUUCCAAGUGAUUAUUUAGCAGUAACAUGUUAUUGUUAUUACAAGUGAUUAAAAAACCCGCGAUUAUUUUUGUUUAAAUAAAAAAAAAAAUUUCUUAGUCGUAAUUUUAUAAAUAAUUGUUGACGAACUUUAAGUUUUCUAUAAUUAAUAACGUGGAUCUCCAGUAAAUCUCACGGGAUUAAACGAUGAAGCUGCACGAAAAAGAGUCAAGUAUUCACCGGGUACAGGAAGUGGUACUAGAGGAAAUAGAUCUUCUGAAAGAGUACAAUGUAGAAAAGACCCUAGGCGAGGGUAGUUUUGCCAAAGUUUUACUGGCGACACACCGCAAAACUCAAACAAGGGUCGUCCUGAAAGCCGUGCACCAGGAAUUGACAACAGAAAAAGAUUUUUACCGGGAGUUUCACUACUCAUACCACUUGAGCCCGCAUCCGAAUAUCCUCAGCUCAUACGCAGUGGCAUUCAAGGCAGAGAAAUGUUACAUAUUUGCCCAGGAGUACGCACCCUUUGGUGACCUGGCUGGCAACGUAAAGGCGGGAGGUUUGAACGAGGACGUUUGCAAGAAAAUCGCCAGUCAAUUGGCCUCGGCGCUUGACUUUUUGCACUCUAAGCAACUCGCCCAUCGCGAUGUGAAGCUGGAGAACGUUCUGGUGUUCGCUCAAGACAUGUCGAAAAUAAAACUGUGUGACUUCGGAUGCAUAAAACGCGAAGGGACCCUGGUCAACAAGAUCCGGUGCACAUGGGUGCCGUUUUUGCCUCCGGAAAUCCACGAAGUAAUUAAAAAUGAGCGGUACACUUGCAAGCGCAGUGCCGAUUGCUGGCAGUUCGGUAUAGUUUUGUUCGUUUGUCUGACGGGUAACCCGCCGUGGCAAAGUGCUGACCCAAUUCAAGACCCCGACUACUCGUCAUUUCAGAGAUGGCUCAAGCGCCGGACGACUAAAAUUCCCGGGACAUUCCGUAGAUUUACUCCGCGUCUGCUGCGUUACUUCAGACGAGUCUUUGAACACAAGCCCGAGAAACGUGCAGUUGUUACGGAGAUAAAUAAAUAUCUAAAGGACACUUGGUGUGUAAGCAAAUUAAGUCACAGUGCGACCUCAACCAGCGUUGAAGUAAGCGAGAACACGCAAAUACCCAGACGAGGUGACAGCCUCCUCUACUUGGACACGAUCGUCGACGAGAGAUUGAAUAUCGACGAGAACAAAAAUAAGCUGAGAAAAUUAUUGAAUAGCUACGGAUUAGAAACGGCCGUUGAUCAGAAGGUCGUCACCAAGAGGAUCUGGGAGUGGGUAAUGCAGUGCGACUCAAAUAUCGAGGACAUCCAUCAUCAGCACGUCAGCACUGCGUACGGUACUGAAGCCAUGUGAGACAUGGUAAAGUCCUCAAGCGAGCCCUGCUUAAAUCCUUCUAUUCGCGAGGUCAGACACUUGAGCUUCACUACUUUACAUGUUCCCGUCGAUGACAGAAGCUUGCACGCCGCUUCGCUGAGUUUUCAAUACUCCCCGGUAAUAAGUGAAAAGUAAAACAAACUUUUUUUUUUACCAAACAAUUAUAAUUUAUGUGCCAAUUCUAUAAACAAUCACUUUACCUUAUAAGUAAUUUUUUUUUAAUAAUUUAUAUUUCGCAACGUAAUGAGACAAUCGUUGUACAGGGACGGACAUUGUCGCGGACAAUAAGUCAUGUAAUUUAUUUUCUAAGUAAAUUAAUACACUAGUAACUCUAGUUUUAUUUUAUUUAAGGCCUAAGGGAAGUCAAGUCCAAGUGGCUUUUAUAUUUAUAUAUUUUUAUUUCUUCCGAAAGAUGAUAAAUUUUAAGUAAAAAAAAAUAUAUAUAAAUAAAUAGGACUAGUCAUAGCUCAACGAGGACCAUGCAGAGUAGUUUGGAAACAGUGUAGGUUUAUAUUUAAAUAAAUCUAAUUAAUAUUUAUAAUAAUAAUAUUAAAUAUGUGUAUAGUUGAUUGCACGUUAGAACGAACGCGUUACCACGCAAAUAUAUUCUUGUAGAAAUUUAUGUAGAUUGUACGAUACGCUAUAUAUAUAUAUGUGGAGCAUAAGCUUUUAAGAUGGGAUAUAAUUUAUUUUUUUUUUUAUUAAUAAACGUUUAGAUGAGUGUAAAUAAAUUGUUGAUAAGAUAAUAUAUAAGACGAUGGAAAAGCAGGAAAAUGGUAACGACAGUAAUGAAAAAAAAAAAAAUAAAUAAAAAGUGUAUACGUUGAAACUGAACGUCUUGAAUUGACGUGUGAUAUAAAUUCACACAACAGCCAAAUAAAUAUGAAUUUAAAAGACUGAUUCAAUUUGUAGCGAAGGUAAAUUUAAAUUUAUCCUUCCAUAGAAAAUAAAUAAAACAAUCGAUUCGAAGCACUUUACGAGUAAUUGUUUAAAAAUACGUUAUUUAUUUAUUAAACGACAGCGAUAGUUCGAAUGCUGGGAAUUUAUAAUAAAAAUUCAGUGAUACUUGUGUUGUAUCGAUUUGACACAUGGGGUCCAAAAAUAAACUCACGAAUUUGUAAUUCAUAAUAAAAAAUAAAUAAAAUUUUUUAUUGGUCAAUAAAAUGUGUGAGAGCCAAAUUAGAGCGUUCAGUAUCAACGAUUUAUCUUUAUGUUUAAUUAAUGUCGCCUUGCAGGUAUCCUACACAAGGGCGUAUGUGACACCGGAAACCAUAAGGGCGUAUAAAAUUUUUUUUUACCAAAAGAUGAAUUUUUUCAUUCAAAAUUAAAAAAAAACUAAUUUUUAUUUUGAAUUUUUUUCAUACGCCCUUACAGUUCCCGAGAUAGGGUGGGAUGAAAAAAAAUUUCUACACCCUUAUGCCUUUGCAAUGGCAUCUCAUGCUCCUGGGACCUGCAACGCGAAAUAAAUAAAUGAAUAAUUUAUUUAUAUGAAUUUAAAAAAGGUCAUAGUAUUAUUUGUGCAUCAGUGUGUGUAUAAAGAUAAAAACCAAGUAGACGAUAAAUAGAAAUGACAAAGUAGUGAAAGUACCUUGUAAGAAAAAGGUACAAAAGUGAUAGUUAAAUAAAGUAUAUAAAUGUUUAUAUAUGUUGUGAUUAUGUACUAAUUAUAAAAUAGGAAACAAAAUUGUUUGAUUGACUAUUGUUAAGAAUAAAUGAUUAAUGAUGAUGAUGAUGAUGAUGAUGACGAGCUAAAUGUCUGCGUGAAAAAAAAAACGUUUUUACAUUUAUACGUUUAUUGAAACGAUCUCAAAUGACACUUUAUUUUUUAAGGUACGCAGACAGAG